UUGUCGGGAAGGGGAAAAAACGCACGAGAGAAAGAAGUAACUCCUCUCAUCCUGCAUGUCUGUGAGGACCCCCUGGUCAUGCAUACCAAGCGCCGACGAGUGGACAUCGGGGUGAAGCGGACCGUGGGCAGCGCGAUAUUCGCCCGCGCCAGGGAGAGCCUGCUGGAGAGAAUGAACCAAUCGCACUGCCCCGAUCAGGACGGGGACUGCUCGCUGGUCGGCCGGGGACACGGCCACGGCCACGGCGGGGCCAACGGGGACGGGGAGAAGUCCAACGUCCUGCGGAAGCUGCUGAAGAGGGCCAACUCCUACGAAGACGCGAUAAUGCCCUUCCCCGGGGCCACCAUCAUCUCCCAGCUUUUGAAAAGCAACAUGGGAAAAAACGGCGGGAGUGACUCGGGCUUUCAGGGGAGUGGAGCGUUGUCCAGUGGAGGUUCGGAGGUCCAGGCAGAAGAUGCCUGUAGCAGCUCUUCCCGCGAUCGGGACAGCCCGUCUGACUGCCUUUCCCCGGGGCCUCCCCUGCCCCCUCCGACCACCGCCUCCUCCUUCGGGCGUCCGCCGCCCCCCUCGAACCACAAUUCCCACGCCCCCUCGCAGACGGUGCCCCUCUCCUCCUUCGACCUGGACCGGCUGUCGGACGAGCACCUCCGCGCCAAGCGAGCCCGCGUGGAGAACAUCAUCCGGGGCAUGAGCCACUCCCCGCUGGUCCGGCCGAGCGCCGGCGACCACGGGCAGGAGGGCAACCGCGAGGGCGAGGGCGGCGGCGGCGGCAAUGGCAACGGCAGCGACCACAGAGGGGACGGCGGCAGCCUCAACGCCAGCACCCGCAGCGACUGCCCGUCGUCCAUCCUGAGCUCUCCGGGGUCGCGGGGCGGCGGGGUCAGCGUCGGGGAAGUCUAUCGGGAGAAUAAGAGGAAGCAGCGUCUACCCCAGCAGCAGCACUGCUUCACUCAGCUGGUGUGUUCCCGGCAGGAGCAGAGACAGGAGGAAAGAAGGCAACUCAAACUACAACUGGAAGACAUGCAGAAACAACUGCGCCAACUUCAGGAAAAGUUCUACCAGAUCUACGACUCUGAGACAGAAGAGGAGGAGGAAAAUGUCGAGAACGGAGAGGGCGACCGCAGCGGAGAGAGAGAGGAGGACGGGAAUUUGUCCGAGGACAGCAUCCGCUCCGACGGCCUGGAGGAACGGCACCGGGACAGGGGCCGGCGGAGUCACGCCGACCUCUCGGAGCUGGAUCCCGGUCUGUUCCUGGACCGCGCCCGAGCCCUCCUGCGCGAGCAAGCCCUGAUGGACGGGGAGAUGGAGGAGGACGUGGAGAGCAGGGAGGGAGAGGAGAGGAGCGGAGACGGGGGGAUGAAAAGGAGAGCGGUGGCGGCGGAGGGAGGGGCGGGGGGAGGACGGCAGCUGGCCGAGACCCUGAAGCAGGAGCUGAACUGUGCCGUGUCGCAGGUGGUCGACACCGUCGUCAAGGGCUUCUCCUCGCCCAAGCAGGUCACCGGUCGCCAUCACGGCUGCCACAGCAGCACGCCGGCCGCGCCCUCUUCUUCCUCCAAUUCGUCCUCUUCCUGCCCGCCGCCUUUCGGCCCCAUGCCCCCCCUCACCCCGGACUCGCGUUUCGGCGGCGGCGCCUUGGCGCUCAGCCUGAACGGGGACGGGAGCCCCACCUCCAACUACCACUCCUCCAACCAGAGGCUGCACUGCUUCGGCGACGUGAUCGUUCCCAGCCCCCUCGACUCGUUCGGCCGGUUGAGCGGCGUGCCCACGCCCAACGAUCAAACGGAGGCGCUGCCGCUCGUGGUACGCAAAAGCGGAGGCGGCGGCGGCGGGGAGAACGUCAACCAGUCGAUCCCGCCCCCCCCUCCUCCCCACCACCCUUCCCUCCACCCGUCUCCCCUCACGGCCUCGCUCGGUUUCAGCCCUCCAUCGUUUCGUCACCCGUUCCCCCUCCCCCUCAUGGGUUACCCCUUCCAGAGCCCCCUGGGGUCUCACGGCGGCGGAGCUGGCUACCCCCCGGGCCCGAAGGACCACCACCAAUCCUCCCCAGACUCCAUGGACAUAACCCGGGAGAGCGUCAGCAUCCGAACCAAAAUGGCAUCCCUCGCGGGAGGCCACAUGGGCCACUACAAUCACCGGCAGAGCUCUCCGAGCCAACACGGGCCAGAGGGCCUGUCGCUGUCGCUCAUCAAGUCUGAGUGCGGGGACCUGCAAGACAUGGCUGAAAUAUCGCCCUACUCAAGCAGCACUAUUCAGGAAGGCUUGUCGCCAAACCACCUGAAGAAAGCCAAGCUGAUGUUCUUCUACACUCGCUACCCUUCCUCCAACAUGCUCAAGAUGUUCUUCUCCGACGUCAAGUUCAACCGAUGCAUAACCUCCCAGCUGAUCAAGUGGUUCAGCAACUUCCGAGAGUUCUACUACAUCCAGAUGGAGAAGUUCGCCCGGCAGGCCAUCAACGAGGGGGUGACCGCCGCCGAGGAGCUGACGGUGGGCCGGGACGCCGAGCUCUUCAGGGCCCUCAACAUGCACUACAACAAGGCCAACGACUUUGAGGUUCCUGAGCGAUUUCUGGAGGUGGCCCAGGUGACCCUGCGAGAAUUCUUCAACGCCAUCGUUGCCGGUAAGGACGCGGACCCCUCCUGGAAGAAGGCGAUCUACAAGGUGAUCUGCAAACUGGACAGCGAGGUUCCCGAGGUGUUCAAAUCCCCAAACUGUCUCCAAGAGCUCCUCCACGACUGA